AUGUACCACACGACGUUGCUGACGGUUCUAGCAGAACAAGCGACAUCGGCGGCCAUCCGUCCGGCUGAUGCACCAACACGCUCGCUGCAUCCUGAGGUUUCGAGGCGCAUACACUCGACCGGCGAACAACAUUCACCCGCAAUUAUAAACGAAUCCACAACUGAAGUCCCGCGGAAUCAUGUUGGGCAAACCGACCACAGUGCCAUACGACAUAUCGAUUUAAGCCAACAUCAGCCUCGUGCAACCAAAUCUAUCAAUGCCACGAAACACGUUUCUAAACGUGUGCUAUCCCAGUCGAAUAGAAAUCAACAUCCCGCCGUUCAUUCUAUCCCUCCCAGUAUCAGCUUUGCAGCACGAACACGACCAUCACCGCCACAAGCGGUCGGUGAUGCGCAGCCGGAGGAUGAGAAUCAUGCACAUGCUGCUGGCCGUAAGCCACAAUCACCCGGUACCACCUCUUUGUCAACCUCCAUUCGCCAUGAUCCUUCAGCUUCCGUAGCCCCCACGACCCCGACAUCAGCUGCAUCAAAUUCAGGAGAACUCGGUUCUGGACCAGCGUCAGUACAGAAUUUACAAGUACCAUCAUCGUCGCCCUCGGCCAAUACAGUUGUCUCUGUGACCUCUACUCUACGACAUCAAUCUACGUCCCCCACACUUCGCGCGACGUCUCCGCCUUCAGCACCCUCUUCUCGCGAUAAGGGCAAAGGGCCCACAGGCAUACCAAAUUUCCGUGCCCUCAUUGCGGACAUGCGGGCAUCAGGCAAACUUGCUCCUCCGCCGGUGGUGGACUGGGUGCUGCGCCCUGUCCACGCUCUGGAGAGCGAUGAGAACGACGCUGAUGAGGACGACGAGCCAGGGCGGAUGUCUGAGAUGGAGCAUGAUCUCGCGGACAUGCAUGUUGAUCGCGAACGAGAUACACACGACAUCGAAGAUCUGUACGGGCCGCGGGUGACACCUCGGCUGGUUGGUGCCGUCCCUGCGGCACUGCGUCUCAGAACUCCGGCUGGCCCGCGCGGCACUGACCGGCCACGCGCUGAGGAGCACACAGUAACCGUCUCGCUCGUCUUUAACUGGCAGGAGCAAUGUCGUGCAGGCGUGCAGAAGGGCGAGCGGGAUGAUCUAGACCGCAUGUUGGCGAACAGGUCGCAACGUGUGCUGGAACGCACUGAGGCACACAUCAGGAGACCGCUGAAGGGACAUUCACAUCGACUAAGUCCAAAACGCAGGAAGAGCAGAGAGGACCCGAGUGCUAAUUUCGUCAUAGAAGGCUGGCUUCGUAGCAGGCAGAGGGAAGAUAUAUGA